AUGUCGUCCGAUCAGCCUCUUGCUAUCGAGAUGACCGAUUCAGUGGACACUUCUGAUUUGGUACACCCUGAUGUCCAGCUUUACGUCCACAAAGCGCUGCAGACGCCUGAUUCAAUCCGCGUUCUGGAGCUUCUACCAGGACCAUCCGGCUCAGCCUUGUCCUGUCGGAUACUUGAGAUAGACCGCACAAAUUCCGACAUCGAGUUCGAAGCGAUCUCGUACGUUUGGGGCAGCCCUAUUCCCGCAUGCUAUCUACGCGAUGUAAAAAGUAACAGCAUGCUGCGAGUCACUGAGAGCUUGUAUCUUGCGCUGAAGGCGAUGCGCUACCCCGACCGGAGCCGAAUCCUCUGGGCAGAUGCAGUCUGCAUUAACCAGUCGGAUAACGAUGAGAAAAGCCACCAAGUAAAGAACAUGGGCUCCAUCUACGCGACGGCGAGAAGGGUCAUGGUGUGGCUCGGUAACGAAAGUUUCAGCGAAGCUUUCAAAGCAUUGAAAGGACUUGAACAAAAAUCAGAUGAUGGCAUGUCAACUGCCAACUUCGAGCCUACCGGCCCUGUCGACAAAGUUAUGAUAGCUGUCACCAGAAUAGUUAGGACACCAUGGUUCACUAGACUAUGGACCAUACAAGAGUUUGUUCUCGCUAAAGAUGUGCGUUUCUGCGCUGGCAACGAGCAUAUCAAAUCGCUCUUCCAAAGUCGUGCGGCUGGACACUGGGACAUCAUUUAG